AUGGCGGAGAGAAUCAACCACAUCCGCCAUGUGGGUGCGGCCAGCAAAGCCGGAUAUACUUACUAUCCUGUCCUGAUCAUCGGUGCGGGCGAGUCCGGCAUUGCCAUGGGCUGCAGACUACGCUCCGUUCUAGGGUUCGACCAAUUCCGCAUCUUCGAACGACAGUCCGACCUCGGUGGGACGUGGUAUUCCAACAGAUACCCUGGAAUAGCUUGUGAUAUACCAGCGAUCCUAUACUCGUUCUCCUUUAACCAGAAUCCAUAUUGGACUACUCUUUUCCCCUCGGGCAAAGAGAUCGUCCGUUAUCUGUACGACACAUGCGAGAAGUACCAGAUCCUUGACAAGAUACAAUUCAAUACAUCGGUGAAAAGCGUGCGCUGGAUCGACGAUGAAGAAGAGUGGGAAGUCAUUCUUGAACAUCUUGCGCCCGGUGUCGGGGACAUGGCCACGUACGAAAGAAAGGCUUUCGAAGCAGAAAAAGGAGUAGGCUCGUCAGUGCUCUACACGGAGACUGUCCGCGCAAAAGUCGUCGUCAGUGCCGUGGGAGGUCUGGUGGAGCCAAAACCACCUCUGGAUGUUCCGGGUAAGGAGACAUUCGAGGGCGAGAUAGUGCACACCGCCAGGUGGAAACCCGACUUGAAUCUCCAAGGAAAGGAUGUCAUUGUCGUCGGCACAGGUUGUAGCGCUGGACAAGUGAUGCCUCAACUCAUCAAGCCUGAAUAUGGAGCGAGGACUGUUACCCAGCUCCUGCGUUCUCCACCUUGGGCAGUCCCGUUCCUGCAACCAGGAGCCAAAGAAUUUUACCUUAAAUGGAUUCCGUGGUUGUGCCAGCACGUUCCAGGCUUCCAGAACAGCUUUCGCAAGUUGUUCUUUACAGCGAUUGAAGCCGAGUUUAUCAGCCUGUUCUCUCCGACUGAAGAAGCGCGGAGUCGACGAAGCAAGAAGGGUGAAGAACUCCUUGCGUACCUUCGUUCAGUAGUCCCCGAGGAAUACCACGAGAUCUUGACGCCCGACUACGAAGUAUUUUGCAAACGACGCGUGGUGGACGAAGGAUGGUUCAAGUGCUUACAGGAACCCAAUGUGGAGAUCACAAGCCUGCCCAUCACGUCCAUUCAACCUCGUUCUGUAACUCUUGGUCCUGGGCGACACUACCCGCCAAUGUCAAAGACCGACUCCAAGGUGCCCACCGAAGCUCGAACUGUACCCGCAGAUGUGAUCAUCAUGGCUAAUGGCUACGAGACAAACCAGUGGCUUCACCCUCUCGAUGUGACGGGCCGCAACGGUCGAUCGCUUUACAAGACGUGGGCUGACCGAGGAGGUGCGCAAGCCUACAUGGGCACGGCGAUGGAUGGCUUUCCGAAUUUCUUCAUAAUCUUUGGUCCUAACACGGCCACUGGCCACAGCAGCGUCAUUCUUGCCUCUGAGAACAUGGUGAAUUACUCGCUCAAAUUCAUUGGCCCUAUCCUUCGUGGCGAGGUUGACACUUGGGAGGUCAAAGAAACUGCCGAACGCAAGUGGACGUCGGAUUUACAAUCCCAGCUCAAGAAUUCCGUCUUCAUGUCUGGCGGGUGCAGAUCCUGGUACGUGACUGACGAUGGCUGGAACUCGACAGUAUACCCGCGUACCCAGAUCGACUUCACCAUACGAUGCAUGUUCCCUCAAUGGCGGCACUGGGAUGCCAAGUACACUCGCAAGGGCCUGGUUAAGCUUCAUCUUGGACGUAUCUUGAAACUGAUUGGUGUCAUUCUGGCGCUUUGGGGAGCGGUUUUGACAGCACGAAAUGGAGUCAAGAAUAGCAAAGAUCUGCUGAUGCAGGUGCUCAAACGAAGGGUGGAAGGUGUUCGAGGGCUGCUGACCAGGGUAAGAUGA